AUGAAAUUCCUUGCCGCGUGCUUAACGCUUGUUGGCGUCUCUCCCUGGACGGUGAACGCACUGCCCAGCCCUGAAGAUCUCUCAGUCCUUGCUUACAGAGCGUGGGACUUCCGUUUCCUUAGUGAAGCACCCCCAGUGUGCAACAGCUCCGUGAACAAUAUCCAAUACUCCAUUCUGCACUAUUCUGGCGCAAAAUCGCGUGACUGUCAGGCAUUAAAUAUUGCCGAAUUCAACUCAACAAACGUCAAGAGUAUCUCGUGGAAGAGCCCUUCGGAGGAAGAUCGGUAUGAUCUUUGCAUGUUCAGCUCCCCUGACUGUUCUGGCGGGGAGACUGGCCUGCUAGGGAGCAUUACCAAUGGCUGGGAUGUCUGCUAUUUGUACAAUGGGUUUGAGGCAUGGACGAUUGUUCCUAAUGGGAAUCCUUGUGUUCCAGUUGCGGGCGGCGAUGAUGAAGGGAAGAAAUAG